AUGGCAACAGAUCCACUGAGAAUGGCCAGUGGGUCAAUGUUGUUCAUUCCAUCAAAUGGUGCCAACGUAAUCCAGUCAGGAGAGCUAAUCCCUGGUACUGUUAUCCAGUCAGAAGGGGUGAUGCAAUAUGUAGGACAGCAGCCUGGAAACACCAACAGCCAACCUGAGCAAAACCCUCAGCAGAGAGUACAGGAGAAACUCCGCAAAGUAGAGACUAAGACUCUGGGGGCCAUCCAGAUCAUAAUUGGGUUGAUGCACAUUGGAUUUGGGGGAGUCUCAGCUGUUCUUGUUGGUUUAUACUACAUACCUUUGGCCAUCGUUGGACUUUAUCCAUUCUGGGGUGGAAUAUUUUUUAUUGCUUCUGGAUCCCUUUCUGUGUCAGCUGAGAAUCCCAUGGGGGCCUCCCUGGUAAAGUGCAGUGUGGGAAUGAACAUCACAAGUGCUGUCAUGGCAUUAAUUGGCAUGAUUCUAUACAUAGCUGAGUUGGCUAUAAAUUCAUUGUAUUCUUUUCAUCUUUAUUUGUCAGGGGCUGUAGGUUUUGGUCUUGGGGUCAUGCUCUUCUUGUUCAGCUUGCUGGAGUUUUGUAUCACUGUUUGGACUGCGCAUUUUGGGUGCCAGGCAACCUGCUACAAAAAUGAAAUGCAGCUUAGCUGGGGCAACAUAUCCAGAGGAAAAGGCUACUGA